AUGGCUCAAACUAUGUUGCUCAUGUCUAGUGUCUCCAGUUCUUAUUCUGUUCCUUUGAACAAAGACCCUUUGCUUCAAUUACAGAUUCAAAGAUUGAAGCCUAGGUUUUCUGAUGCCUCUUUUAACCCACUUUCUUCUAACUCUAAGUCUUUUUCUUCUCGCACUUUCACAACUCUGGCUCUAUUCAAAUCAAAGACCAAAGCCCCUGCUAAGGUUGUGCCAAAACAAAAACCAAAGGUUGAAGAUGGCGUCUUCGGAACUUCUGGAGGAUUUGGUUUCACUAAACAGAAUGAACUCUUUGUUGGUCGUGUUGCUAUGAUCGGUUUUGCUGCAUCAAUUUUGGGUGAAGGAGUAACAGGAAAAGGAAUUCUAUCACAAUUGAAUCUUGAAACUGGUAUUCCAAUUUAUGAAGCUGAGCCUCUUCUCCUAUUCUUCAUCAUUUUCACACUUCUAGGAGCCAUUGGAGCUCUAGGUGACCGUGGUAAAUUCGUCGAUGAUGAACCUACAACCGGAGGCGUUAUUCCUCCCGGAAGAGGCUUCAGACAAGCUCUCGGUCUCAGCGAAGGAGGUCCUUUAUUUGGAUUCACCAAAUCCAAUGAACUGUUUGUUGGAAGAUUGGCUCAAUUGGGAUUUGCAUUCUCUUUGAUUGGAGAGAUUAUUACCGGGAAGGGAGCAUUAGCUCAACUCAACAUUGAAACUGGUGUGCCAAUCAAUGAGAUUGAACCACUUGUUUUGUUCAAUGUUGCUUUCUUCUUCAUUGCUGCUUUGAAUCCUGGAACUGGCAAAUUUGUAACAGAUGAGGAAGAAGAUUAG